CAAAAACUCAAAAUCAUCCGAAAAUCCUGACCAGAAUUCAGAAGAUCUCUAACGGGCGUUAAGUGAAGACACGACGACACGAGUAGAAAAAACCUUAAAAAAAUUUUAAUUAAAGUGAAAUUUUUAUUUUCUUAAUUUUUAAAAACUUAAACAAAAAAAAAAAAAAACUUUCGAACGAAAAUGGUUUAUGAAUCUGCUUUCACCACCCGUAGGUCCUAUUCUACAAGGCCCGUGGUUUCGUCGUAUUCCGUAUCGUACCCUGUUUCACGGACUGUAACUGGCUCCUCAAGAGUAUACAGCACCAGCUAUCCGAUUUAUUCUUACUCGCCCCGUGUUACUACAAAACGAGUUAUUACUUCACCUGUCCGUACAAUCUAUUCGACCCCCAUUGUACGAACUCGUGUUAUUACUUCACCAAUCCGUACCACCACCACCCGAGUGUAUUCAUCACCUGUCCGUACCACUGUGUACUCGUCGCCAUCAAUCCACUCGGAGUACAUUGCACCAUACACAUCGUCGUACUCUUCUUCUUCGUACUCAUCGGUGUUGCCGUACAGCUCGUACUCGUACUCGCCAUCCAUUCGUACACGAGUGGUUGAGACCCCAGUCCGUGUUAUUAGAUCGUCGCGUUUGAUUCGCUCCUCGUUGAGCCCUGAACGGAUUAUUACAUCACCAAUCCGUACUCUCCCAUCCAUCCUUAAUAAGGAACUCGAUCGUAUUGCCCACAGAACUAGGCCUGGAUAUGGUUACCAUGCACUUACCAACUACCUCAAUUCCGAGCCUUUUAUUAAUUUUGAAUCGGAAACCAAGAGGAUCCGUAACUCUACAAAUAAUCUAAUGCGUGAGCUCCAUACACCAGUUACACGUCGUUCUCGCAGCGUUACUCCGUUCCCAGCGUACACAUAUGAGCCAGCAUCGAAGCAAGCUCUUGAUGCCUACGUUGCUAGAGUAACAAACCCAACACGUCACUUGGCCAAGGAGGUGCACAAUAUCACACAAUACCCCGAUACACCACGCAAAAGCAAAUAUGUCGGCAAAAGUCAUCUAGCAUCGGUAAGGAUUCUAGGCGAUAAGGCGUAUAAUACAAGGAGUGCACUAUACAAUCCGGACAAGGUCCGAACUGAUAUUAAUUUGUUGUCACGUUAUAUUCAAAACAAACGGGGUAGAAGCGAAGCUUCUGACCGAGUUGUCGUUAGCAAUGAAGUUCCAGACUUAGAUCCAUUCAGGCCAUCGCGUAAGUUCUCUGCUCCAAAGCCUUUAGAGGAUCCAGUUGAUGAUGAGACCAAGGAGAAACAACGUCUUAGGAAGGAACGCCUUCUGACUGUCAACGAAGAAGCUUCCAUUGAUGAUGUUGCUGUUGAAAAGAAGAAGGCACAACGUGCUGACGAAAUGAAACGUUUGGAAGCUAAAGCUCUAGAGGAAGAUAAGAAGAGGAAAGCCGAAGCCGAGAGGAAAGCUAAGUUAGAAGCUGACAAACUUGCUGAAGAGUUAAAGAAAGCAGAUGAAGAGGCUAGAAAGGCCCGUGAGGCUCGUCUUGCUGAGCAAGCCCGUCUUGUUGAAGAAGCUGAACAAGCUCGUUUAGCUGAAGAAGCUAAAUUGGCUGAAGAAGCUAAGAAAGCAGAAGAAGCUAAACUUGCCGAAGAAGCUAAGUUGGCUGAAGAAGCUAAACUUGCCGAAGCAGCUCGUUUAGCUGAUGAAGCCAAACAAGCUGAAGCAGCUAAACUUGCCGAAGAAGCUCGCUUGGCUGAAGAAGCUAAAUUAGCUGAAGAAGCUAAACUCGCCGAAGAGGCUAAAUUGGCUGAAGAAGCUGCCCGCAAAGCAGAAGAACAACGCUUGGAGGAAGAACAAAAAACCCGCGAAGAAGAAAUGAGCCGUUUGGCUGAAUUGGAAAAGAUUGCCGGAGAAGAACGUGAAGCUGAAUUGGCCCGCCAAGCUGCUGAAUUGUCUGAAAUUGCUCGCCAAGAAGCUGAAAUCGCUGCCCAGGAGUUGCAAGCCAUGCAACAAAGUUCCACUGCCGAAGCACCAGCUGCUGAAGAACCAGCUGAAGAAGAAUCAGCUGAACCUACUGCCGAUGCUGAAUCAGCUGCUGAAGAAGAACCCAAACCCGUUAUUGAGGAACCUCAGUCUCCAGUUGAAGAAAAAGCUGAAGAAGAAGUUGCUGCUGAACCUGUUGUCAGCAUUGAUGAAGUUAAAUCCGAUAUCGAAGAAUAAAAACCUGGUGAUGCUAGUUGUUGCUUCUCUUUUGACUCUUUUAAGACUUCUAUUAUUUUUUUGAUAAAAGCUUAAACACCAAAUAAGCGUUAUUUAAAGUUUUAACUUUUAUUUUCGAUUAACGUAUAACAAAGACAAGAAAUUAAGAAAAACAAAAAAAAAACUAUUUUUAAGAAAUUAAUUUAUUUAUUUAUAUCAAUUGGCAUUUCUGAAGUAGGAUCAAGGUCCUUAUAUAGUUUAAACUGCUAUGUACUUAUAUGUUUUGUUAUAUUAUAGCUUAGCAUGCGUUAUAUAAGGAAUACUCUGUCUUUAUUUUCAGUUAAGCAUUUUGUCUGUCUUGUUCAAAUGCAUUUGAUUUUUUUUUUGUUUUUUUUUUUGUUAAAUCUUUCGCUUGCCAAGCCCAACGAUUUAUUUUAUUUUUUUUUUUGUUUCGUUAAAUUUGUUUUCAUUAAGCAAAGAUUUAUAAAAAAGUAUAGUAAUUAUUUUAAAAUGUAUACUCAUGUAUUAAUAUUAAAUACGAGAAAAUAACUGAUUUAGAUCAAUUCUUAAUAAAGAACAAAAACCGAA